CUCGAGAGCUAGAAUUCAAACAGAGAGAAAGAAGCCAAAAUGGCGCAAACUGUAGUCGUCAAUCAGUCUGAUCCAGGUGUCGUUAAUUAACGCGAGGCAGUGACGGGUUCGUGUGGCUGCACGUGACAGCAGGAGCACUCAGUGGAAAGUCGAGGUGCUCUCAGAUGGAUUAUGCUAUGAAGUUCCUCAGCCUUCUGACUCCGUCUUCCCUCUCAAAUUCUGUGACAGCCAGCGUCUCAGCCGGUGCUUCCAUGACCCAGCAGCUCCUGUCGGGUCGAGCUCCUCGGCCAAAGCCCUUCAGAGUCACAAAUGCUGACCGCAGUGUGAAGAAGGGCAUCAUGGCGGACAUGCUAGAAGACCUGAUGAACAAGGUCAGUGACUCGUUGUGUGUACCGUGUGUCGGCGCCCUGGUGCUGGAUGAAGAUGGCACAGGGGUGGACACAGAGGAGUUCUUCCAGACACUGCCUGAAAACGCUGUCCUCAUGGUCCUGGAGAAGGGCCACAAGUGGACCCCACAUCCGAACUGCCCCUCCAGAGAUCAGCUCCGUGAGCGCAGGCCACAGCACCGGACAGAUGUGGCCAAGCUGACUCUUGACCUCUACAAAAACAACCCCAAGGAUUUCAUCGGCUGCCUGAACGUGAAAGCAACCCUGUACGGUGUUUAUUCGGUGUCGUAUGACCUGCGCUGUCACGCUGCUAAAAAUAUGAUGAAGGAGGCUCUGCGAUGGACCAUCUUCUCUAUGCAGGCCACAGGCCACAUCCUUCUGGGCUCCUCCUGCUACAUCGAGCAGCUGCUAGAUGAGGAAGAGGAGAGAGCAGACAAGAGCCUGGCGCUGCCACAGGAAAGCAGGAUCAGGACGCUGCAGGGCAUGCUGCUGGGAAAGAUAAGCCACUGAUGAUGGUCUAGAGCUGACGAUGGAGCAAACACAUCGUCCACUCUCAGAUGUAGGACACAAUGUAGAUAGUCACAGAUGAAACUGGUGUUCAUGUCACAGUUUACUGGGCUGUUUGCGAACAUUUCAGACAUUGCUACACCCUGUCACUGUCACUUUCUUGCUCUGUUACAUUUGUUUGCCCCAUUUGUACGCUGUUACCACAAGUUAUUCCACAGAAAGCACUUUUACUCACUAUUGUAACAUUUUCCUAGAAGAAUAAAUAAAACUUUUUUUAAUCUCCCAUUUCUGAAUGUCCAUUUAAAUCUACAAGAAGUAGGUCUACAAGUUGGUUUAUACGUGCAGAGAGUGAUCCCAUUAAGCUGACUUUGUAUGCGAUUCCUGUUUAAAGUCAGUGUAAUUGGCAACAGGUUGCGCUAUCUCUCCCACGCUUCCCUAAUUGUCCCCUGGCCUGCACUGUCCUGUCAGCUGCAGCCUGCCUCUGGAUCAGAAAAGCAGAGGAAGAGCAAGCAGCUGCAGGGGGCGAGGGGACGGAAGCAAACCAUUAUGCCAAGAGAAAAGAGAGAUGAUGGCUUCAGCUGGUGGCAGAAUUUCCCCUUUUGCCCCUUUUUUCUUGUCUCGAUUUUCUGUCUACAGAAAAUAUAGUGUGUGUGUACCCCCCCACAUAAUAGCAGUUAGUUUGGUGUGUAUUGUGAGAUAUGGAUGUUGUAAAUGUAAUGAUGCAUAGGAUAAUGAACACAUUUUCCUAUUGUUUUGUAUUGGCAGUGCAUCAAUGAAUUGACAUCUCAUGAAUGCAUAACGAUAGUUGCAUACAAUGCAAACAUAACAUUAAAGUCAUGCUGUUUCUC